AUGGCUGCGAAACACAAGCAGAAAAACAAGACUAAAGGCAAAAAUAUGAAGCUCAAAGUGUCCGAGAUGAGCUUCUCCAGCGCGGACAAAGAAGAGGACGACCCGGGGGAGGGAGAGCUGAGCGGGGAGGACGGAGAGGACGAGCCCGGUCCAGAAAGGAAAGAGAAAAACGCGAAAUCUGACGAGUUUAAUCUGGAAGAAGUGCUGAAGCUCGGAGGCACUCAGUCGGACUUUGUGAUGCUGUCGGCGGUGGAUGAGUGGAAUGAACUCAUCGACGGAGGGAAGAAAGGAGCCAUCGACGACCUGGAGGAAGGAGAACUGGAGAAGUUCAUCAGCAAACUGGGAAUUAGGGCCUACUCCAGUCUGCAGACUGUUCCUGAUGAAGAGGAGGCUCCAGCAGAGAAACAGGAGCCAGAAGAGAAGAAGCCUGAAGCUGUGUCCAGUAAAGCUAACAGUAAAGCUAGCAGUAAAGUGAACGGGGAGGAGUCCACGUCUGCCGAGGGGAAGAAGACCGCAGUGAAGACGAAGGAUCUGAAGAAGACAGCGGUGAAGAAGAACGUGUUUGAGUUCACGCAGAGGACUCUGCUGCUCAUAAAACCUGGAGGGAAGUGGUUUCAUAACGACUACAGCAGUGAGGUCUGCUCUGGAGCUCAGGACGGGGAGCUGGUGUCCAGAUACGAGGCCCUGGCGCUGCAGCUGCUGCAGCAGGAGCAGGACCUGUACAGGAGUAAGAAGAAUCUGCAGAGAGGAGCGAACUCGUCGUGGAUGAAGAACGUGGUGUCGGCCGGAGUCCUGGCCGAUCGACUGGCCGCCAUGACGGUCCUCAUUCAGGACUCACCUGUGCACUCUCUGGAACAUCUCAGCAGCCUAGUGGCCAUGAUGAGGAGGAAGGGGGGCAGGAGGAUGGGCCUGAUGGCGGUGGACACCCUCCGCGAGCUGCUCCUCUCUGACCUCCUCCCAGAGAACCGCAAACUUCACCCCUUCAAACUGCGUCCGUUUGAGGAUUUGGAGCAGCGGGCAAGUGGCAACAGAGAGGCCAGGGACCGGAGACUGCUGCUGUGGAUGUUUGAGCACAAACUGAAGAUCAUCAUGGAGGACUUUGUGUCUGCCCUGGAGGUCGUCUCUCAUGACACCGUCCUGACGACCAAAGCAAAAGCUCUGACUACGGCUUUCGAGCUGCUGAGUGCGCGUCCGGAGCAGGAGAAGGCGCUCCUCACGCAGAUGGUCAAUAAGCUGGGGGACCCUGAGUACAAGCUAGCGGCUAAAGCCUCGCAUACACUAGAGACGCUGCUCCAUCGCCACCCCAACAUGAAGGGGGUGGUGUGUGCUGAGGUGGAGCGGCUGCUGUUCAGAGCCAAUGUGGGGGAGAAGGCCCAGUACUACGCCCUCUGCUUCCUUAGCCAGGUGAUCCUGACCCGGGACGACGGCGCCCUGGCCGGUCGCCUCAUUGGGAUCUACUUCUCGUUCUUCCGCUGGUGUGUGAAGCGGCAGGAAGUGGCGGGCAGGAUGCUGAGUGCGCUGCUGAGCGGAGUGAACCGAGCGUAUCCUUACGCCACGGAGGGAGACGCCGCCGUGAGGAAGCACAUGGACACGCUGUUCUCUGUGGUGCACUCUGUCCGCUUCAACACCGCGGUGCAGGCGCUAAUGCUACUGUUCCAGGUCAUGGAGUCUCAACAGGCCGUGUCCGACCGGUACUACUGCGCCCUCUACAGGAAGCUGCUGGACCCGGGGCUGGUGUCGUCGUCUCGUCAGUCCAUGUUCCUGAACCUGGUGUAUAAGUCUGUGAAGGCGGACACAGUGCUGCGCAGGGUGAAGGCAUUCCUGAAGCGCCUCCUACAGGUCAGUGCAGAGAACAGCGCCAGCUUCACCUGCGGAGCACUGUUCCUGCUGUCGGAGAUCCUGAGGAGCAAGCCAGGCUUACAGACACUGCUGCAGGACAACCAGGAUGGAGAGGAGUCGUUCAGAGACCAGCCUGACGAAGAAGAGGAAGAGAACUUUGUGGACGCAGACAAAGCCACGCCCCCUCCACAGGACAAGCCCAGUGCAUCAUGGGUACACCACCACAACAUGGAGGGAGGAGUGCGUUCUCACUCGUACGACCCGCUCCACAGGAAUCCUCUGUUCUGUGGCGCCGACCACUGCACACUGUGGGAACUGCACCAGCUCGCUGCUCAUUACCAUCCGUCUGUGUCUCUGUUCGCCAAGACCAUCCUGAAGGGGGAGAGUGUGUCGUACUCUGGAGACCCGCUGCAGGACUUCACGUUGAUCCGGUUCCUGGACAGAUUCGUCUUCAGGAAUCCCAAACAGCAGAAACAGAGUUCUGAGUCGAUUGUUCUGCAGCCGAAGAAAACUGCAACCAGUAGUGCCCCAGUGAACUGUGAUGAGUUUGUGACCAAAGACGAAUCUCAGAUCCCUGUGGACCAGGUCUUCUUCCAUCGGUAUUUCCGUAAGCGUCAGCAGCAGCAGCAGGAGCAGCAGCAGGGACGCAGACCUCGUCCUGAUGCAGACACUGAGAGCAUCGAGGACGUGGACGACGACGAGUUUGAGAAGAUCCUGGACUCGUGUGAAGGAGACUCUUUCUACGUUCAGCUGAAGGAGGACAACCUGGACUUUGCCGGGAACGUGAGCCGGAAGAAGACCUCAGACCCUCUGGACUCAGACCCAGAUUCGGACCAGGACUCAGACCUGGAUCUGGACGAUGAGGAGGUGGAGCUCAGUCUGGAUGAGGAAGACUUUGGGGAGGAGUUUGAGGAAGAGGGCGGAGCCUUCAUGAACCCAGACGACAACGAUGAGGAUGUCCCAGAGCUGGAGGACGACUUUGAAGACUCGCAGGAGGAGCAGGAGGAGCAGGAGCAGGAGGAGACCAGACAGAAAACUACAUGCAAACGCAAAAACUCUGAGAAACUGGACUUCACAGAUUCAAAAGGGGCAAAGAAGAAGAAGAGGAUGAAGAGCAACACAGGCGCCUUCGUAUCAGCGGAAGAGUUUGGAUCUCUCCUGGAUGAAAACGCUGGUUCUAAAGUCGACCACACGGGACUCGACGCUGUGAGGAACUCGGACAAAGCAGGGGUGAAGCAGCUGAAGUGGGAGAGCCAACGGGACGACUGGAUCCACAACCGUGACGUCAAAACUCUGAGGAAGAAGAAGGCCAUGUUCCAGAAGAGAAGGAAACCAGGAGACAGGAAGAGGACACCAGGAGACAGGAAGAGGACACCAGGAGCAGCCAUGUUAGGAGGAAAGAGCCCCGGAAACAAGAAGUUCAGCGGAAAGAGGAGGAAGUGA